AUGUCUGCCCCAGAACAGAAAGCUAACACUGGCGCCGAAGGCACCUCCACCAGCACUGCUCCUAAAAAGGACCUUGCCGCCACCGUCCAAACCCUUCAGUUUGCCUGGUAUGUUGGUCACGUCGUGACUGUUAUUUCCACCAUCUUCUACGCCCUUACCUACGUGAAGGUGUUCCCCAGAUCCUACAAGUUCUGGUACUCUUUGGCUCUUUUGGGUGUCAUUGAGUCGUUUGGUGUGUUGAUCUUCCAAACGGUCAAGAAGCAUGGCUUCAACGCCACCAAGUUGCUUGCUGAGGACAAUGCCCAAUACUUGUUCUUGAGCGUCUUGCUUUUCAUUGCUCCUCCUCACGUCUUGUUGACGUUGUUGGUUUUCUUCUUGUUUUCCACAUUCCACGUUUUGUCCUACACCAAGCACUUCAUCUUGCCUGCGUUGGACAUCCCAGAGACCCACCCAUUGUCCAAGAAGAUUGGUGACUUCGUCGCCGCCAACAACAACAAGUCCAUCCAGCUUGCCGCUCUUUUGGAGGUGGUGACCUUGGCUUGGUUGCUUGUCCGUGUCAUUACUUUCAGAAAGAGAUCCUUGACACCAUUCCUCGCAUACGCCUUGUUCAUCAAGUUGAGAUACGAGAAGAGCGCCUUCACAAGAAACUACUUUAAGCAGGCCGAGAUCCGUGUCGAGAACCUCGUCAAUGGCUCCGGCAACCCAGCUGUGAAGGAUGCAUGGUUGAAGGCCAAGGGUGUGUUCCACCAGGUCGGCUCUAUUCGCUUCUUUGGCGAGAACAAGGACAAGGCCACUUAA